AUUGACUAUCCUAUUGAUAAUAUAUCUUUACAAAAACAUACCUCAAUGCUUUGACAAGCCGAAAUAAAUUACAUAAUUUAACAUAGUUAAUAUUUUUUAGACUCUCUGAAAUGGAUUUCAUUCAGCAUAAAUGUGAUUAAAAAAUGGAUAUUAUACAGAAAAAAACAUAAUUAAAGAUUAUUUCAUGAAUUACAGGGAUCAGCAAUUAUCAAUUAUUAUUAUUAUUAUAUAAGGACAAAUAGACAUUAAACUAUGUUAGGUAUUUAAUAACGUUGCCUUAAGGUAACCUACAUUUUGUUAAGGUACCUUGUCCCACUUAAGUAUAAUUAGUUAGCAUGACUACUUUGAAUUUGACAGUUAACUAGUAGGCAUUUCAUGAAACUGAAUUUAUAAAUAUAAAUACUUAUAAUGCACAUCCACCAGAAACAUUUAAACUUCCUGAAAUCAAUACAGAGGUUUAUUUGAGAGGAACUUCAUGGAAUCACACCAACUAAUACUGUCAAUCCUUGAAUUGAAGCAGGAUAAAUAUACCGUAUUGACAGGCAGUUAAACUGUGAACAAACACUUACAUGAAACAGAAGAUAGUUGUAUCAGUUUAAAGAUACGUGUAUUAAUGUAAAGAUAUAUUUAUCAGUGUGAGGAUAUUUGUUUCAUUGUAAAGAUACCUUUAUCAGUGUGAGGAUAUUUGUAUCAUUGUAAAGAUAUAUUUAUCAGUGUGAGGAUAUUUGUUUCAUUGUAAAGAUACCUGUAUCAGUGUGAGGAUAUUUGUAUCAUUGUAAAGAUUCCUUUUUCAGUGUGAGGUUAUUUGUUUCAGUGUAAAGAUACCUGUAUCAGUGUGAGGAUAUUUGUUUCAAUUUAAAGAUCCCUUUAUUAGUGUGAGGAUAUUUGUAUCGCUGUGAAAUAUUUAUGUUAGUGUGAAUAUAUCUAUAUCAGUGUGAGGAAUUUGAAUCUCUUUGAAAAUAUUUAUUUUAGUGUGAGCAUAUUUAUAUCAGUAUGAAUAUAUCUAUAUCAGUGUGAAGAUACUUGAAUCUUUGUGAAAAUAUUUAUAUCAGUGUGAAUGUAAAGAUAUUUAUAUUUAUGUACAAAAAAAUAUGUUUCAAAGCUUUAUAAAUCAAUUAAUGGAUUUUCAUAUUCAAGUGUAAAGAUAUUUAUAUCGAUGUAGAGAUAUUCAUAUAUCAAUAGAAGGAUAUUCAUGUUGAUUCCUCAUCGCCAGCCUAUCGCUAUGGAAGUGAUAUUUAUGGAACGUGCUUGUGGCGGAGAUCUCCAUGACGUACAGCCCUUCGAUCCAGACACAGAAAUGUCAGAGGAGACUGGUAUCCAGCUUCUCAAUGGUGAGACAACAGUUAGCAAGUCUUGUAAUGGGGAAACAAACCAACCUAUUAAUGGACAUCAUCUUCCCAACUCUGGGCCUUCAUUUGAUUUCAUCAAGAAUGUGUCAGCUGCAGAACUGUUGAAGACAAUAGCAACAGCUACCAGUCAAGCUAACCAACUUAUCACAGCGCAUAAUUCAGGCAUGAAGAAUCACCCAUUGCCGUUGGGCCUUGACCUAAAUAGCAUGAUAAAUGAUGCCAAAUCUUCAUCGCUAAAGAGUCCCACACUGUCCCAACAUAACUUCAAGGACCAGGAUGGUGGAGUGCUCUCAUUUAACGGACUGUCACAAGGUCUUUCUAUGAACAAUGGCCUGUCACAUGGUCUUACUGUAAACGUGAAUAGUGGUAAUGAACCUGUUAUAAUCUCAGAUGGAGAUAGAAGGCAGUCUGACAGUGCAUUCUCGCCAAACCUGCUGCCGUUUGAUGGCCAGAUCCCAACUGGGCAGAUGCCCCAGAUACCUCACAAUGGUGUGUCUAGUCCGGAGUAUCCAACAUCAUCAACUGGAAGCCCUUAUACAGACCCUAACUUGAGCCCCUUUGACUCUGGUGUUAAUUUUAUGGAGACAGAGCAUGGGGUGCCUUUACCCCUCAACCCUUCCAAUGGUUUGAGCUUCCCCGCAGAUACUGCCACGCAGUCCUCGUUAAUAAAUGGAACAGAUCGUCUGUGUAUAGACUCUAUACAACCCAUUGACAAUGUUGACAGUGAGUUGAAGCCUAAACAGGAAUUAACAGAUUUGGACUUUGAGAAUAAAGCUGGUAAAGUUCCGAGGAUGCCUCAGGAUUCUGACGCGUCUACGGCAUCAACAUCGAUGUUACCUUCAGUGGAUUGCGUGUUUAACCCAGAUGAGGCCCAGCAAGAGGUACCCAAUGAGUUCAUCUUCACAAAGUUUGGCCAGGAAGGAGACGACCCUAAUCUAGGGAGCGUAUAUCCAUUCAGAAGUGAGGGCAGUGAAGUUCUGAACAGUGAAAGUCCAGCGUUGCCAAGCGUUGUGAGUCCAAGUCCGUUUAAAACACCUACAAAUGUGUUUCAGAAGAAAAGGGGUGAACUACGUCGACAGAAGGAACCGAUCUUGUGUCAGCAUUUCCCGGCGAGUAAGCAUGGGUGUGAGUUGCGAAUACUGGAACAACCGGAGGACCAGCAUCGAGCCAGAUAUCUCACUGAGGGAAGUCGUGGAGCUGUGAAAAGUAAAAAUGGAAAUGGCCAUCCUGUCGUUAAGCUGUUCGGGUAUUCAGGAGAGGCCACCUUACAGGUGUUUAUUGGUAAUGACAACGGGAAGGUGCGCCCCCACGGCUUCUACCAGGCCUGCAAGGUGUGUGGGAAAAACUCAACCCAGUGUGUGGACCGGGAUAUAGAUGGUACCACAGUGAUAGAAAUCACGCUGUGUCCCAGCAAUGAUAUGACUGCCACGAUUGACUGUGUUGGAAUACUCAAGUUGCGUAAUGCAGAUGUGGAACAGAGGAUCGGCCUAUCAAAGGCAAAGAAGAAAAGCACGAAAGCGCGAAUGAUUUUCCGUGUGACAUUCCAGAAACCCUGUGGCAGCCCCCAGGUGCUGCAGUUACCCUCCCAUACCAUACUGUGUACUCAGCCAAUUGGUCAGCCUGAGAUCUGUAAGAUGAGCUUAAAGGAGAGUUUCAUGUCUGGUGGAGACGAGCUGUUCAUAAUCGGGAAAAACUUCCUGCGGGGAACGCGUGUAUUCUUCCAGCAGAUGGUGGACGAUCAGGACGACCCCUUGUGGGAACGCGAGGGAGAGAUCGACAAAGACUUCUUUCAAACUACCCACUUGAUCGUAGUUGUACCUUCCUAUGAUGGAGACACGUCCACACUCGCGAAGGCCAACUUCCAGGUUGUGGUCCACAGUGGUGGUAAGAUCAGCGAAUCCCAGCCGUUCGCCUACAAAUCAGAUGACCCCGAUAUAAAGCAGGAUAUGGACAUGACUGUCGAAGACAAUGGACGCAAAAGGAACUACCCAUUCGUGGCUCCAGAAGCCCUUGAAUUGAACCACCAGAUCCAGCGAUCUAGCAGCGGAAGUGACUCCAUGUUUAAGCUUCCCCCGAGUGUCAUCUCCGAGGUGAUGGACCAAACCACCAGUUACUCUGCCAUGGACCAGUCACCAUCAAACCAGCCUGAGGCUUCGAACCAGUCUAUUGUUCAGUCCAAAUCAGAUGGAAGCUUUCAUUCCAGUGAUAGUUCAAGAAGAGAAAGCUUCUCUAUGAACCAGAUCUCCGAUGAUACUCUGAGUGAAGUGCAAAGUCAUUUCAAUGAGGGAGAAGGAGAGGUACAAUGGGAGGUAAAGAAUGAAGAUCUCUUUGAGAAAGCUGAUUCAGAUUGUCUAACACUCAGCAGUUUAGACUUUAAUUCAAAUUCAGAUGUAUUUUCAAGUAAUUCAGAUGUCUUUUCAAGCCAGCCUAUGGAUGUAAGCUAUAAUGAUAGAAAUGAUGUCCAAACACAUACCAGUGACAGCUUCAUGUCUGGUGUGUUAGGCGUCCAGAAAUUACCUGAGUCAAUUCCACAAAGUGCUGGUAGCAUUGUUUCCCAGUUCCUUCAAAACAUUGAAAUGGCCUUACAGAACUCUGUAAUGUCAAGCCGCGCUCAACAUAACAAUGACACAAUAAUGACCUCAGCUAGCAGCCACUCGGUCAUGACCACGGAUAAACUUGACUGUCAUAAUGUACCCAAAGGGUCCUCAUUUCUGAAAGAGGCCUUGACCUGCUCUACAGCAAACUUGGAUGCCAUGUAUCUGCCCACUCUGCAAGCAACGGCUGGUUUGAAAUCAUCACAGAAAAAUGACGCAGAUAUCAUGAACAUGGACAUUAAUCUAGGUGUGGAUUCUGCCCUAAAGGCGCUCUUAAGUGAGCAGGCAUUGAAUAGCACUCAACAGCCUGUUAGUGUGGCAAUGCCAUCGACAAUUAAUACCUUGGAGGAUGUCAAGCCUAGCCUUGGGUUUACUGUGACGUCCACCUCCGACACAAUAGACCUUACCCAGUCUGAUGAAACAAACAAGGAAGACCAGCAUAUAGCAUUCACUCCCCAGCAGAUUGCGCCCAGUAUACAGUCAGGCUUACCUUUCCAAGAAUUGCUCUUGUCAACAAGUCAACCGAUGGGGAGUCAGCCUUUGACAAUUCCGGGCUCCAUGUAUGAGUUGGGCGGGUCAAGUCACACGAGUCUAGCAACAGUGCAUCACCCCCCAGCGGCCUUCCAGUCCCUUGUUUCCUCACUACAAAAUAGUAUCAUGUCUGUACAGUCUAGCUCCCAGCCUGCUGGUCAAGGGCACAAUCUCCCAGCAUCUGGCAUCAAUAUGCCCACCAGUUUAGCCCAACUGCCACAAUUUCUUCAGCUUAUAGCCAGUCACGGGCUCUCCCAGAGCCAACAGGAUAAGAUACAGCAGCAACUGCAGAAUAAUGCUGGCCAACAGCAACCAUCUGGGCAUGUGAAUUUGAAUCAAGAGUUGAUUCAAAGUGUAUUACAACAACAUCUAUCCCAGAAAACAAAUCUCCAGAAUGGGCGAAUCCAAACUUCUCAACAACAGCAACAACAACAGCAACAGCACCUGCUGGUCACAUCUCCCCCACAACAGCAUGGGAUGUCCCCAUCUCCAUCACAGCAGUAUCAGCAGCCCAUGGAUAACAUCUGUGCGCCCCAACACCAGCAGAACCAACCUUCCCAACAGCAAUUUGUGUCACCUUCCCAAGAUGCCCAGGUACAUUCUUCUCAGCCACACACCCCAUUACAGUUUCCCCCUCCUUCACCAACAAUGGCACCAGCGUCCCCAUACACUUCCGUAGCCUCACCCCAUACGCCACAGGUGUCAUCUAUGGUUCACCUGGGCAGCCCAAUGGUAAAUCACACAGACCUAGCCGAGUCCCCGUCACCAGCGAUGGUCCAGUCCCCCAUGCCUGCAUCCCCAUACUUGCCUUCCCAGCAGCCCACUGGAGCACAGCCCCCAGCCGUGCAAGUGGAUCAAUCAAUGGCCCAGCCCCAGCUGUUCUUACAGGGCAUGACCCAGUCACAGACCCUCAGCACAGUAACAGGAGCACUGAACAUGCAGGCUGCAGGCUUUCCUGGCACCACUGUAGCUGCAAGUUCUGCCCAAUCCACCCCGACAGCUCCCCAGAUUAUCAUAUGUAACUCCUCCCCCCAGGGUAUGCCUGGCACUCAGGGGCAGUUUGGUGGCGGUGCUCCAAGUAUUGUCAUAGUGCCAGGCCAGGGGGGAUCUAAUAACAACAUGGAAAGUUUGCUGCGGUCAAUACUGGGAAGCAUGAUGCCCCAGCAACAGACCCAACCAGCAGAACCACCAACACAAACACCCAUGAACGAGUGACCAGCCAGUCUCUAGCACUGAGGGGCUUGACAAUUCUGUACAUAAGGGAGCCUGACCAGUCCGCACACAGAGAGGCUUGACUAGUCUCUACCACUGGGUGCUUGAUCAGUCUGUAUUAUAGGGUGGCUUGAAGCCGUUUAUAAAGCUCCUGGGUGAUGACCACUACAGAAAUCACAAGAUGCUUGAUGUUCAAGUCUCUUAUUGCUUGUUUUCUGAGGAAUCAUGCUUGUAACAGCCUCAGAUUUUGGUAGAAACUGAAGUUUACGUCAACCAAUUAUUCAAUUUCUUGGUUACUAAUGCAUCUACACAACACAGGUUUUAAGUGCUUUUCCUAACAAAUGCAAAAAAGACCUGUGCUAACACUCUCUGGAUAAAAGCAUUGGCAAUUAGGAUGUGACAUCGACUAGUGUACAGGGUUCCUACUUAGAGGUUUGAAAGGAUGUUUGAUAUUCUGUUCAAAUCUGUCUUGGGACUGAUCUCACAAAUUCAUAAUGGAAAAAGAAGGAAAACAUGAUGACAUGAAAUUGAUCUGCCCUUGUGAACAUUUAUAAACUAUUUGAAUGCACUCAUCUGUUUCUCGUACCUGAAGAGGACUGUUCCACGUACGAUGGCAGUAGCCCUAGAUGUCCAGGAUAGGACCGCAUAUUGGCAGCUAUAGACUAUUGUUCUCAUGCGUGAAUUUCAACGGUGUUUCAAUAGCUUUAUACAUUCUAAUCAUGUCUUAUUUCGUAAUCAAAUAAGAUUUAGAAAAUCCCAAAUUUGUUGUUUGCUCAUGUUGUAGGAGUUUCGGUUUUGUUUGUUGUUUGUUAUGUGUGUGUCCAAGAGAACAAAAAAGAUUCAUCGAAAUUCGUCUUCUGGAUGUGCAAGCCUGAAUGCUUAUCAUACUAAAAAAAUAGUAAAUAUAUAAAAAAAAUAUAUAUAAAAACAUAACAAAUCUGGCUAUUUGUGUUCUUAGUUUUGUACAAGCCUGAAGAGUAUUUGAUUAACCAGUGCUGUGCUUGGUUUGCGCAAUGAAUUCUGAUCGAUGAAAAAGAUCUUUGUAAUUUGUUUUAGAAUGGACAGUGUACAUUGACAGAGUGUGUUGGUAUUAUCAAAGUCUGUGCAAUAUAUCUGAAAAAAAAGGGUUGAUCAUGUUCAAAUUGCUUGAACAAAAACAAUGUGUGUAUGAUAUUUGUUUGGUAACAUAUAGUGGUUUAAAGUGUUUAGUUAAUAUUCUGUGGUUAAUGUCAAACAUAAAAAGGUACAUUCAUCUGUAUGUGGUACAAUUUUUCAUGAAUUUUCAAAUUUAAGGAACACUUGUCAUCUGGGUCAAAUGAAACUGUAAAUAUAUUGUCUUUCAAAUUGCUAUGUAAAGUUAGCAUGCUGAAUACAACAGAUAAAGAAAGAAUAAGUAAAAUAUUUACAGGGGUUCUUAAGUUGAAGAUUAAUCCUGAAAUCUGGUAGAGAUUUUAACUUCAGACUAUUGUACGGUUGUAAACGAAUCUUGUAGUUUUUUGCUCAGAAAAUUGCAUAAAAAAAGAUGGAAGUUCCUUAAAAUGAAUAUAAAUUACUGUUAUAAACAAUUUCAGAAGUGGUCUUAGCCCCUUUACCUGCUUUGGGGCUCUCCGCCUCAAUCAGAUCCCGGCUAUUUUUCAGGAUUUACAACAAUCAGCUGUUAGAUCCCCUGUGGUAUAUUCUUUCAUGAAAUUUUGAGAUAAUCAAAACAAAGAAGGUUUUUGCCUUAUUAUGAAAUCAUACAAAAACAUGUGUUUAUAUUAAAUGUAUAAAUUAGAUGUCGAAAAUGUUGUAAUACAUGCAUGAUAGUUUCAAUCAAAUGUAAAUAUUUUAUUUGUAUAUAUGUUUUUGAAAUUAUCAUUAUGAAAAUGAUGUCAAUCAGAUCAGUGUUAAAUAUUGUAUUAAAUAGACAGUAUUUGUGCAAAGAGCUCUAUUUAUAUAAAUAUAUAUGUGCUAAUGGUUGUAUGUAACCCAGUGCUGUGAAGUGACCUUCUGAUGCCAUACCGAGGAUGCAAAUCAGAGCUGUGUGCGACAUCAGAAUCAAAAUAUCAGGAUGAGGCUUAGCUUCCACCAGUCUAACAUGGGAAAUCAGUCAACACACUUUCAAAAGCUCUUGUAAUAAGUUUAUUUCACUAUUUUAAAAUGGAUAUGAUUAUAAAGAUACUUUUAAGAGAACAUUGUCAAGUGCCCAUCAUAGCACUGUUUGUGUGUAUUAUGAAGCAGUUCGAUUUGUUAUAACUCAUCAAUGAUUGGUAUUGUACAUGUCUCUGGUUUGCAUCAGGCUAUUUACAAAAUGUAUUCAUUAAUUGUUUAUAAGACAUGAGAUCGGUGCUUCUUAAAUUGUACAUUCAUUUUUCCAUUUCACUAUAAGAAAAGCAGAUACCACACUGAUAUCCUAACUUCCUUACCUAUUCUAAACUACCAUAUGCAUAUAAUGGGAGAUAAAGCUCAUGCCGACAAUUUUGGGUUGAAAUGACACCUAUCAAGUAUUUGUGUUACAUUAUUUUCUAGUAUUUGACCUCAUAUCAGGGAAUAUCAAUCAUUGGCUUAACUAGUAUUUAUUUUGAUAUUAUAAGAAGUUCAAUACACAUAUAAAAGCAAAGAGACAGAUAAUCACAAAUUUAUCGUAAUAGUCGAUAUUUGUAAGUAUAAGAUGACAAGAAUAAGUUUUAAGUACACAUUUACAGAAUUGAGAAGUAAGCAUAAAUGAUUGUUUUUAGCUCGACUAUUCGAAGAAUAAGGAGAGCUAUACUACUCACCCAAGCGUCGGCGUCACCCCUUGGUUAAGGUUUUGCGUGCAAGCACACAUAGGUUAAUAUCUCAGCAAGUACUUGAGGUAUUGCAUUGAAACUUGAUACAAUGGUACUCAACCAUCCAACCUACUUAAUUUACCAAGUAAGAUAACUCUAGUUUGCAAUUAAUGCAAAUAAUAGGCCUUUAUUAUUUGACUUAGAAAUUCUGGUUAAGGUUUUGCGUGCAAGCACACAUAGGUUAAUAUCUCAGCAACUGCUUGAGGUAUUGCAUUGAGACUUGAUACAAUGGUACUCAACCAUCCAACCUACUUAAUUUACCAAGUAAGAUAACUCUAGUUUGCAUUUAAUGCAAAUAAUUGCCCUUUAUUAUUCGACUCAGAAAUUCUGGUUAAGGUUUUGCAUGUAAGCACACAUAGUUAAUAUCUCAGCAACUAAUUGAUGAAUUGCAUUGAGACUUUAUAAAAUGGUACUCAACCAUCCAACCUACUUGAAUAAUCAAGUUAGAUAACUGUGUUUUGCAAAUAAUGGCCCUUUAUUAUCAGACUUAAAAAUUCUGGAUAAAAGUUUGCAUGUAACCACAUUUAUGUUAAUAUCUCCGCACAUCAUGUAUUGCAUUAAAAUCUAAUCUAACAGUGAUCCAUGCAUGUUUCGCCAAAACUUUUCAAUUCUUACACUGAAAAGUGGCCCAAUAGUCGAGUGCGCUGUCUCUGUGACAGCUCUUGUUUAUGAUACAGUUAUUACAAUCAAUUUGGAUUUUUUCAUUAAUGGGUAUAGUUUUUUAUAGCAAGAAAAACUCAAUGGAACUUCAUUAAACUGCUGCCUUUUCCAAUGUUUUCAACAAUAACUCCAUGCUAUUUUUGUAGACUGGUGUUAGCACUUUGUUUUAGGCCCCAAUUUCUCAAAUAGUCUAGGUAUAUCCUUUCAUUUUGUAAAUAGACUUUGUAAAAUAUUGAUUGUUCGUGUCAAAAAUUGUUUAACAUGAUUGUCUUUAAUUUAUUUCUUAUUAAAGUCCCAGAACUCACUUAGAGGAUAAAAAAUGCAUAUUUCAUAACAAAACAAAGAUACAUGUAGUGCGCCAAACUCGAUUUAGAAACCAGGAACCUUAGAUUGCUUGAGAUAUUGGUACCAGAUUUGAAUUUGAACAUAUUGUUUUCAUCAUUGUUCAAAUUUUGAUGUUCAUAUUCAUAGGGCAAUUAUUGUACUGGCAACUAGAUGAACAGCAUUUUGAAAUUAGUCCAAUCUGUGUUAUGUAUAUAUACAUGCUUAUUUGUGUGUAUUUUUUUGUAUUUUAUGAUAUGCGGAGGUACAUAUAUAAUUAUGAGUAAUUUUGUGAAAACCCUGCUUGUUUUCAUGACUAAAUCAAAUGUGAAAUAGAACCAAAUGAUAAAAAUGAUGACAGAUUUUCUCUUUGUAAUAAUGCAUUUAAAAAAAUAAAAGAUAUAAAAUGCUUCAAGAAUUCAUAGAACAGAACAGAACAUUUUUUUCUAAGAAGGUUUUAGAUCCAUCUAUACAUGUAUAGAUUAAAUUUUCACUAUUUUUCUCAUGAUAAAACUAUUGUAUAUUGUUUGGUUGCAGUAUUAAUAUUUUUUGAAAAAGCUUUAAGUUGUCACAAUUAUUUUUUUAACUGUUUGCAUGUUUUAAUGGUCACAUUAACUCUUGAGUCAUUUUGAGUAUACAUUUUUAGUCAAUAUUAUGCCAUGUAAACACAUUUAUUUAGCUAGAAAUAGUACAGAGCUCAAAAAAAUACUUUAUUCUUUGCUUGGUGAUUCUAUCCUGUUCUAACUUAGCUUAUUCCUUGAAGAAAUAUUUGUUUUUAAUAAUUAGUAUGAAGUGUACUUCUUUUGAAAUGAACAGUUUUUCAUUUAAUACUUAACAAAGUCACCUUUAUAACAAGAUUUUAGUGGUUGAUAAUAGAAAUUGCUCAUGAAAUUUGAUUGAAAUUUUUUAUCUAGUCAAACAUAUACUCACCAACAUUUCACAUGCCAUUUUUUUUCCCUAUGAAUCUCAAGUUUGGCACAUUGUAUGGAUGAAUAAGAGAACUAUAUUUGGUUUUUGUUUACCAAGACAUUUUCAUUUAAUUAUUGUGGGUUAGUAGAUAGCCAACAUUCGUAUUUCCUUAUUUAUAUUCUACAUGUAUUUGCGUUAUAUCAAACUGGAUGGGAGGGAGCAAGAAAAAAAAUCAUGAUUUUUAUGGCUAGACUAUUUUAUUUUAUAAAAAAGGUAAUAUUUCUUUGCCCUUUCUGUCUUUGUUUUGUCUUUAAAUAUUUGUUCUUACUGAUUUCAGAUUUCCUAUUAUUUGCAAGCUUUGUGCUGUAUGUAUGUUACAUUGUGCUGUACAUUUUGUAUAUAUUUGUUUAUGGUGUUCAACCUUUCUUUUCCUGUGAUAGAUUUGUUCUUACAAAUCAUUAGCUUUCAUUGUAUAAUAGUUGUGAAACAAUAUGUCAAUUCUACAGAGCAUUACCACUCUUCUGCAUGUAUAAGAGAUGUCGUUUAAAAAUCAUGAAGUGUGCAUGCUCCAAAAAUACCCCAUAUAAUUUGCUUACAAAGUUCAAAACAUUUAUCUCCAGAAAUAGUCAUAUGUGUUAUAUAUUGAUAACUGCUUAACCAUUAGUCAAGCAAAAUCAAAUUAAGUAUAAGUAAUAUUAUAAAUAGGUUUUUUUUUGCCAGAUAUGAUAUGGGCUAUACCAUUCAAACAUGCACCCCACCAUAGAACGGAUUCCUGAAAUGGGAUUUCUCUUUUGAAGAUGAUUUAAAUAAUUACAAUUAAAAACAAGCCUAAUUUUUAUGCAAAGCAUGAAAUAUGCCGCGAAUAUUUUUGAAACAUUAUUAAAAGGAAACAGAUGCAGUUCACCAGUAUACAAAGUUUGAGGUACCUGGAUACAAGCAUUCUUCAGUUAUUUAACGAAAUCAGAUUUUCAGAUUUAGAUCACCAUGACCAGGACUUUUGACCUACUGACAUAAAAAUAGUUAGGGUGCUGGUCACCCCUACCAAGUAUGAGUGCUCUAGGCCUAAGCGUCUUUCAAUUAUUGAUAAUAUUUUUCAGCUUACUGUCACAACGAUCUUAACCUUUGACCAACUGACCUUAAAAGCAAUAGGAUUCAUCUGCUGGUCGUGACUAACCUGCCUACAAAGUUUGAGGUUGUUAGGCAAGUGUUUUUUUUAGAAAUUGAUCGGAAACUGAUUUUAAGCUUAAGGUCACCACCACCUUGACCUUUGAUCCACUGACCUAGUAUGGUCCAUUUCCUGGUAAUGACCCAUCAUCCUACCAAGUUUGAGGUCCCUCAGUCAGUGUUUUUCAGAUAUUGAAUGUAAACUGAUUUUCAACUGAAGCUCACCAAUACAUUGACCAUGUACAUUUAACAUAAAAUUGUGUUUAUUACAUGAAAUUAAUGAAAAAAAAAGUAUUUUUAAUAUUAAGUUAGUAUAGUGAGAUACUUUACCUAAGAAAAUGACUGAAGUUGGGACAUGACUUAAUAUGUUUUAAGAACACCCGCAAAGGAACAUAUAUGAAAAAAGAAAUUCAAAGUAAUUACCAUUUUUAAUGGUAUUUUCAUUAAAAUUGGGUUGGGGUGUAUGUUCAAAUGGAACAUCCCUGCGUUAGCUUCUAAAUACAUGCAGAAUUGUGUAGUUAUGUUGUUAUUGUGACAGUGUUAUCACAUGCCAUUGUUUUAAUUUGCUUGUAUAUUUUGUUCAUGAAUAUUUAAUAUCGCUGUUAAUGUUAGAUAAAUGAGGCCCUUCCGGAGGGUUGGUAUAUGUAAAUUGUACAUGCUCUAUUGCUCUUACAAUAUUUGUAAUAGUUUGCUUGCGAAGGGAUUUAGCCUUCUUAGUUAUUAGGAUUUUACAAAAUGAGUUCUUACUGACUUCCGAUUAAAACGUGUUUACAGCAGGCGGGAACCACAUUAUGACGUCAUGUCCGUAAAGUUGUUAAACUGCGAUUCGGAACGACUAAGCGUGAUAUUUAUUGAAAGCCGAUAGGUAACUUCAAUGGCUGUACAUGUAGGUUAUAAUAUAAAGCUGUUUACGAGUGUUAGUUGCUCUAAGUAAAAAUAACUGCUUUUGGUAUAUGGAUUAUGAUCUUUUCAAACGUUACCCCGGAACCAAUAUUGAAAAUGGAAAACGCUUUUUCAUAUAAACGAGCGCGUUACUCAUUUUAGCAUAUCUUUCAGUACAGACCACACCUAUUAUACAUCAUUUUCAGUACUCAAAUAUUGUCGUAUGCCUGUUAAGAUUUUUGUUAUGAACUAAGUACAAAUAAAUCGUACUUUAAAUUCA